AUGUUUCUAGUAACCUGGCUUUUGGUGGCACCGCUUGCCGUCUUUGCAAGCCUUGAUGAUAUCAUUCAGCCAUUUCCACUCGAUCAGAUCACUCUUGAGCGGGACUCCCUGUUCGACAAGGCAUUGGCCCUCAACACAGAUUACAUGCUGCAGCUAAAUGCUGACCAGCUCUUGCACACCUUUCGGUUGAAUGCCGGUCUGCCUUCCUCAGCACAGCCGUUUACAGGCAGUUGGGAGGAUCCAUCCUGUGAAGUCAGAGGCCAGUUUAUGGGCCAUUACCUGAGUGCUUGUUCCAUGCUGGUCAACCACACUGGCAAUGGCAAAAUAGAGUCCCGGUUGACAUACAUCAUUGAUGAGCUACGGAAGGUCCAGAUUGCACUGAGUGGAGGUUACCUCUCAGCCUUCCCGGAAGAGCACUUUGUCAGGCUUCAAUCUCUUCAGACCGUGUGGGCACCCUUCUACGUGAUUCACAAAAUCAUGGCCGGCCUGCUGGAUGCUCACAACUUCCUGGGUUAUGACGUUGCGCUGGAAAUGGUCAAAGAUGAGGCUGAGCACUUCACGCGCUACUAUAACGAUGUCGUUGCCACCAACGGCACAGAGCAUUGGCUGCGCAUGCUGGAAGUAGAGUUUGGGGGGAUGAACGAGGUCCUCUUCAAUCUUUAUGAUGUCACAGGAGACCCAGAGCACAUUAGGCUUGCUGAGGCAUUCACAAAGCCAAAGUUCUUUGAGCCACUCCUGCAGAACACCGACCCCUUGCCCGGGCUGCAUGCAAACACACACCUGGCUCAGGUGAAUGGCUUUGCAGCACGCUUUGAGAAGGCGAGCCAUGAUGGAAGCUACGCUGCAGUGACCAACUUCUUUUCCAUCGUCACACGGGGUCACAGCUUCGCGACAGGCGGCAACAAUGACCACGAGUAUUGGGGCCCUCCUCGCCAACUCGCAGAUUCCAUCUUGCUGCACGCAACAGAGACGGAGGAGACCUGCACGCAGUACAACAUGCUCAAGAUCGCUCGCUACCUGUUCCGCUGGACUGGCGCGCCGGUCUUUGCAGACUACUACGAGCGCGCCAUCCUCAAUGGCUUGCUCGGAACGCAGCGCAUGCCUGCUGACUACUCCCCACACACGUCAAGGCCGGGCGUUGUGAUCUACCUGCUUCCCAUGGGCUCCGGGCAGACCAAAGGGGGCAGCACGCGUGGCUGGGGUGACCCCCUGCACAGCUUCUGGUGCUGCUAUGGGAGCUCUGUGGAGUCCUUCUCCAAGCUGGCAGACUCCAUCUUCUUCUACAGGCAAGCGCACUCCUCCUGCCUCACCCUGCAUGCCUAUCCAGCGCACUUUUACACCUCCGCCAGCCUGGCGUCCCCUCUGGUUGGCCUCAGCGUCCAGCUGCAGGCCAGCUUUUUCCAGGGCACCACUGCGUCUGCCAACAUCACUGUUGCCCCGCUGUCGGCUGCGGCGCAUGACAGCACAGCAGAGGUCACACUGAAGCUGCGCAUCCCCAGCUGGGCAGUCUCGUCUGGUGUGCGCGUGGAGGUGAAUGGUCAGUCCUGGGCUGAUUGCGCGCCGGCUGCUGGGCCACAGGCCGGCAGCUUCUGCACAGUCCGGCGCCGUUUUGCUGCAGGGGACAAAGUCACGCUCGCCCUGCCCAUGUCCAUAAGGGCUGAGCGCGUGCAGGAUGACCGUCCAGAAUAUUCCAGCCAACAUGCCAUUAUGAUGGGUCCACUUUUGAUGGCUGGCAUUACCAAUGGGUCCCGCAGUAUUCAAGCAGAUCCCCGCAAGGUUGCUGAUCUGCUGACAGACAUUUCCAGCCAGGGCCUUGCUAGCUUGAUUAUCCCUGGAGACUUGCCCCUGCACAUUCGCCAUGAGGGAGCCAUGCUGAGGGCAGAACCAAUGAAGGGGCCUUACGCUCUUGAUUCCACGUUCAGGCUGCUGGGUUUGAAAGACAGGUGA